AUGGGAGAAGCGUACACCCAAGAGUCGUACACGAAGUUCAAUCGGCACAAGGAGAGAGGUACCUACGAUGCCGAAGCCAUCCACAACAUCGUCAACACGACCAGCGUUCUGCACGUCUCCUUCACGGACCCAGCUUCGCCUUUCCCAACCAUGCUGCCCAUGAUCGGCCAGAUCGGGCAGUACGAGGCGGAUGCGGAGCCGCACCUCUACCUCCACGGCUACGUCUCGAGUCGGAUCAUGAAGGUCACGUCGUCGUCGGACGAUGAACCACAAGGUCUACCCAUGACAGUCACCGCCACCAAAGUCGACGGCCUCGUGCUCGCCCUGUCGCCUUUCAGCCACAGCUACAACUACCGCUCGGCCAUCAUCUUCGGCCAUGCCGCGUUGCUGCCGUCGUCCGACAGUCCGGAGACGCUCUAUGCCAUGGAGCUCAUCACGGAUUCUGUGGUGCCCGGGAGAUGGCAACACACUCGUGUCCCUCCGACGGCCUCCGAGCUCACGUCAACCCGCAUCAUCAAAGUCCGCAUCGCCUCGGCGACGGCCAAGGUGCGCGCCGCGCCCGCGAGCUCCGAGCGCAGGGACCUCAAGGACCCGAACGUGGUCGGCAAGGUCUGGCAAGGCGUGGUGCCCGUGUGGGAGCAUUUCGGGAAGCCGGUGACCAACUUGGCCCCGGGCGGGGUCGAGACGAUCCCGGAGCAUGUGGCGGAGUUCAUUGAGGCGGAGAAUGCGAACUCGGAGGAGUAUGCAGUGGGUGUGGCGGAGGAAAAGGAGAAGAAAAAGGACGACGACGACGACGAGGAGUGA